UUCGCCUGCCUGUCUUCAGCUGAGCUUUCGACGAAACGGAGCGCAGUCCAUCCCGAGGAGACGGGGCUGCGGCAGGCGGACAGUCAGUCAUGGCGGCGCCGUUAGCUCAGUUUGACGAAGACUGGCAAGAUUUUAACGAGUUUAAAGAGGUUCCGAACCGACUGGACCAGAUCAAUUCUAACCUGGUUGACACGUCGGGCCUUGAUGACUUCUCCGAUCUCGACAACAGUUUCUCAGGAGAGAUAUGCAGCUUCAAGUCAAUGGAGGACCUGGUCAACGAUUUCGACCAGAAACUGACCGUGUGUUUCCGAAAUUACAAUACCAGCACCGAAAACAUCGCCCCGGUUAAGCCCAUCACGGAGGAGAAUUUCUUAAAAGAUGACGAGAUCUGGAAUGCAUUGACUGAUAACUAUGGUAACGUGAUGCCUGUGGACUGGAGCACUUCUCACACUCGCUCAUUACAUCUUCCUACACUGAACCUCAGAGAGCAGGAGAAGCAGGAUAGUCUGAAUAUAGAUCUUUCUGAUGAUGAGGAAUUGAGAGAACAACUGGACAUGCACAACAUCAUAGUAUCAGUGACAGAGGAGCCACUGAUCACUGCAGAACAGGUUAUUGAAGAGAUUGAGGAGAUGAUGCAGGAGUCAGUAGAUGGUGAGGAUGAUGAUGAUGAUGAUGAUGAUGAGAGUCCAUCCCAGUCUGAUUUGUCCACACGUUCAUUUACGCACUCCAGUUCAACCAACAGCUACGAGGAGCGUUUGAGGUGUCUGUGUGUGUCUGAGCUGAGGGAGGAGCUAGAGGAGGUGGAGUGCUCUAUCCGGCGUCUGUCGGAGGAUCUGAUUGGUCAGUUGGCUCUGAGAGACGAGCUGGAGUUUGAGAAGGAGGUGAAGAACUCCUUUAUUUCGGUUCUGAUUGAUGUGCAGAACCGACAGAAAGAACAUAGAGAACGACUAAGGAAGAAGAGGAAGAUGAAGAGCAGCACUGGAGGGCAGAAAACCGACAGAACACACGUCCCUGGAACUUACCUGACAACAGUGAUACCGUAUGAGAACAAGGCUGGAGCUCCAUCUGUGGAAGAUCUUCAAAUUCUCACUAAGAUUUUAAAUGCCAUGCGAGAGGACAGUGACAGAGUUCCCAGUCUUCUGACGGACUACAUUCUCAAAGUGUUAUGUCCCACCUAGACAUCAGGACUUUCCAGAACUCUCCAGAGGAGAAAAGUGAAGGACAAUCCCCCCCCUCGUCCAUGGGAGUCCCCCCGCCCCAGUCUCUUGGAUGUGAUUUUGGAUGCCAGUUGAUGCUGUGUCUGCCCACUCUCUUACAUUAAUGUUUUAAUGGUUAAUGUUCAUGUUUGAUUUUAGACUUUUAGAGCUUGCCCAUAUUCACGUGUCAACCAUUCAGCAUCAUUCCUCUGAAUUUAACUCGCUUAGAUUGACCUAUUAAGGGAAAAGUUUUGUAUGCAUUGUGCAUGCAGUUCUCUGCCCUGUGUGUGUCUGUCCAUGCACUAAAGAUUUUUGUGUGUGAACAGUGUUUGUAUGAGUGAGUUAAAAGUGUAGGUUUGCCAGGUAUGUAAAAGGUAUGUGUGUGCGCGCGUGUGUUUUUGUGUGGCUGCAUUGUGUGUCUGGGUUCCAAAGGGGUAUAAUUUUCUCUUAAGAAUAUCCAAAGGUCCAACACAUUUUCCCCAUUUGAGAUUAUGGAGGGCAUGUUGUACCCACACAGUUAGCCUGUCUAAAUGUGCCAUUAGCAUGCUCAGUAGUGUAGCAUAACAAGUAAAUUCAUUAUCAUGAAUAUUUAAAUAGAAUUAUUAGAACUAUUUUCAUAAUAGAGCGGUGUUUCUGCGAUUUUCACGCAGAGGUAGUUUUUUGGUCAGGUGGCCUUUGUGUCCUGUGUCAGACAUAUAUUCUGUGUGAGGAGGAAGGAGCUGAAGGCAGAAUUUGAAUAUCAGGAAUUCAAAGGAUGAGAACAUUUUGAAUAACUUUCUCAAAUAUUUCACUAUAUAAACAUUACAUUUUAAUAGUACGCGCACUUGAUAAGAACAAAAGUACCAGAAGCGUUAUUGUCCAGGUUAAAAGUGAAAGGUAAUUUUUUUGUUUUGCCGAGGGCUAGAGAGUUUUGAAGUUGCAGGGCUUUCCCACGGGUCAGUUAUUUUACAACCCUUAUAAACACUAGGCAAACAACCUUUUACCUCACUGUGUGACAUCACUUCCUCAGAGAGGUCUGUUGCCAUGGAACCCAGCCCUCAUUAACAUACCAGUAGUGAUGAAGAAAAGGGAACUCAGUUGGUCUUUUUUUUUUCCAAUGAAAGCUCUCCAGGGUUGUUAUAUGAUUUUAUUGUGAAGUUGAGUAAGGGGCUAUAGGAGGGUAAUUAGCUGGCAGAAGCAGUUACAAACUUGUCUGAGAAAUGUCACAUGAGGUGCAGUAGAAGACAGCGGAGAUGUCUGGAGAUUGAGAUGUUUAAUAGUGUGUGUUUUAUUUCAGAUCCUUUUGGUAUUUCAGUGAUUAUGAACAUAAUGUGACCAUAACACACCCAUUCUCACCAGAGAGUUAGACAUUCACACACUGUCUGUAGUCCAAACUGUGUUGUGAUGGACACACACCCCCCCCCCCCCCCGAAGAGAAGGCUUUGGUAUAUAGGUGUAGUCAGAUGAUGGUACAGAUUACAGUUACUAUAGGGACAAGGCACUGAACAGAGCAGCUGAUGAAGAACAGCUCACUGUCUCACUCUCUCACUGUGGCCGGUACGAUCCUGAGCCCACUGGCUGUUCACUGGGAAUGGAGUAAGUGUACGUGUGUUUGUCAGCGCCUGCUAUAGGUGACGUUUGUAGGGAGGCAACUGUCCCUCUCUUGAGGUUUGAGUCCAGGUUACUUUACUCCUCUCAUUAUGGCUGAGGUAACCUUAGCUAUAAGGGGUCCUAUGAAAGCGUGAGACUGGUGUGUGGCUGCAUGCUCUUCCCUUGUGUAGAAUUAGAGCUGUAGUAGCCUGUGAGUCCUUACUAUAGGACUGAUGGCUGAUAAAGGAAUACAUAACGUAGCAGUAUGUAUCGUAGCCGCUGUCAUGGACAAAUGUUUUUAAAAAGGGAUUUUACUUGUAGUAGUCUUGUUUCUCUGUGUUGUAUGUGGGAGAGAUGUUCCCAAAGUCCCGUAGAUAUGUUGACAGAGAGUGAUAUUUUAGUAUUUUUAGAAGGCUGAGAGCAUGGUCAACGCUUAGAUGAGAAUGCUUACAACAGUGCAAUACAUACAUUACUAAAUAGCAAUUCUGUUGGGGACUACAACUCCCAUAGUGCACUGGGGCACAAAAAAGUAUUAUUUGUGGUCGUCCUGUCACGAUCAUUUUCAUGAUCACUAUCAUUCUGAGUUGGUCUGGCUUUGCCUGAUUGAAAAUAACAGACAUAUCAGUACUAGGACCCCACGGCAGGGUCUUUACGCUAAAAGUACAGAGAUUUAUAUUUAUAUGAAACAUGAUGAUGGAAAGGCUGCCUUUGUAAAUGCCUGAUUAUAUUUUGUAGAUAGGAAUGGACUCCUGUAUUAUUAAUUCAGCGUCCUUUUGUUUGUGUUGAUGACAUUAAAGUGGUAGUAUGAUGAGUUCAUUCUGAUUCUAAUCGUGUAAUAACCACGUCUUUCUUUAGGGGUACGACAGUCUGUUUCCCUGUAUGCAUCAUACACUGUGAAAUGACUGAAUAAAAUCUCAUGUUUACUGAAA